UAGCUGCACGGAGGCGUUGCAAGUAUUCCCGCCAAGUGAGCAGAUUUUCCUUGAGAGGGACUUUGGCUGAAAUCAAGCACAGAGGAUGGAAAUUGGGGGUGGAGAAGCACAAGAGAGAAGAAAAAGAGGUGUAGUUUUUCCAGAGGGGCGUUGAAGGGCUGGGCAGGGGUGUGUGUGUGUGUGUUAGGGGCUGGAUUUCUCUUUGCAUUUGGGGGGGUUCAGGGUAUCAUUUUCAUCCGUGUCCGUCCCGCCCCCUCCAUGAGUACACCCUGCACACGCUCCAAGUCCCAAAGUGGCCACAGAGACUCUGAGACUCGGACUAAAGUGGCAAGAUGAGCGCCCUGUGUCCGCUCCUGUCUGUCCUCUUUCCGGCACUGCUAUACCUGCUCCAGACUGUCCAUGGAGCUUCCUAUUUUGGGGACAGCUACUGUCGAAUAGAUGCCAUUCAGGACCUGUCAAGUUUUCAAGUAUCGCUCCAAUUUAAAACAGGCAGACGAAGCGGCCUGCUCCUACUGGCAGCGGGACACAGAGAUUACCUCUCGUUGGAGCUCUACAAUGGCAGAUUACAGGCUAGGAUUGACAUGGGAUCUGGAGAAAAGGUUCUGGCCUCCUCCAUGGGUCUCCAACUCAGUAACCUUCUGGACCAUCAUGUGUCUCUCAUUCUGAAAGACUCCAAACUCACUAUGGUUGUGGACAACCUGUACACAACCUUCAUCCCAAUGGAGGGUACAGAUGAGGACCUGAACAUUGACCAGGGCGUGUUCCUUGGAGGCGUGAGAGACCUGGAAGUGGAGUACCUGAGCACAGCCGUGCCCUCCCUGCGGGGGUGCAUGAGCAAUGUUGUAUUUGAGUCUUAUGACUUUGAUAUUCUAGCUACAGCGAGUCCAAUAUGCUAUGACACCAAGGAGACCUGCAGCAGCGAGUUUGAGGCAGGUGAUGAAGACACCACAAGCUUUAUCAGCCCAGACUCAUUCAUCUCUUUUCCUACCUGGACCAAACCUAGCUCAGGCUCUCGUAGUCUGGAGAUGCUUAUGAAGACGACAAUUGAGGAUGCUUUGUUGCUCUUCCACCCAGGACACCAGGCAGACUUCAUUGCAGUUGGAAUGGCAGGAGGGUUCUUGAAAGGUGUAAUCGACCUGGGAAGUGGGAUGUAUGUGCUGGACAAUGUGGAAGUCAAAGUGGAUGACGAUCAGUGGCACAGGGUAACCAUUCAGAUUGAGCCCAACGAGUUCCAGAUAAAUGUGGACAGUCAACUGGUUUCACACCCUCUUAAUGAGACGGAAAAGCUGGAUCUAGUGGGGAACCUGUACCUGGGAGGCAUUCAAAGGAAGAUGAAGGAUGUGUUUCAAGAUGACUUUUUGACUCGUGUGGAGGAGGAGAUCACAACUGAGUCUUUUAUUGGAUGUUUAGGAGAAAUCAAGGUGAAUCAGAAAGGCAGAAGCCUGCAGGACGCUCUGAUAACUAAAGACAUUCAUGUGAAAUGUGAAGGGGAAUACGAUUACUCCACUUAUGAUGAUGAUUUGGAGUCAACAACUUCGCCUCCAGUAAGAAUAACAUACAUUGAUGUCAAUACUGAUGAAAGACAUUGUUUCUCAACAGAGGACUUACCAGAGAUGUUCCACAAUGUUUCCAAACUUCUGGACAUCACUCCUCUGCUAGUUUCUGAGGGUGGAGAGGCCUUUGUCGACAUUGUAAACCUAAACCCAACAUUUAACCUAAACUCUGCAGGUGUUCGUCAAUCUCAGAUCAUCUUUACUCUGCUAAACAAUCCCUGGUAUGGACAGAUUGAUAUGAACUCAAGACACUCAAAGAAGUUUACCCUUCUGGAUGUUGUCAACAAGAAAAUCAAAUAUCUCCAUGAUGGCAAUGAAAAGUAUGGAGAUCAAAUCCAACUGGAAGUCAUUGCACAUGGAACAAAUCUCCCUGAGUGCUUGAGUGUUGCACACCAAUAUGUGCUACCAGUGGAGAUCAUCCCUGUCAAUGACAUCCCUCAGCUCAGUGCAGGUGACAUCUCAAUCACAGCUAAUGGGCGCACACGUUUAAGUCCAAAUCUCAUCAAAAUCUCAGACUCAGAUAAUCGUUGUGAUGAACUCAAGGUCACAGUCACUUCGGACCCUACUUCUUCUGGAUAUCUGGAGAAUGCUCAACAGCCAGGAUUUGGUCUACGAGAGUUCACCUGUAGACAACUGAAAGAAGGAAAUAUCUACUACAUUCACAGGGGAGGAGAAGUGACAGGACUUACCCUGCAGGUUUCAGAUGGAGAUUUGGUUAGCCAGUCAAGCACAUUUAAGUUGCUCAUCACCCAGCCACAGAUUAGUCUGGUCACAAAUACUGGCCUCAUGAUCACUUGGGAUAGCAGUGCCCCUAUUGGAAUACAAAAUCUGGCCAUUUCUGCAACUCCAAAAACUGGAGAUGUUGUUUAUAAUAUCACUCAACCACUUCUAUUUGGAGAACUGCAGUUGAUAUCAGACAAUGGGGUACCAAAAAGAGUCACACUAUUUCAUCAGUCUGAUCUCGAGCAGAACCGACUGAAAUACAUUCCCAACCUCACAGCCGAUCACAACAGCACAGAGACCGAGUUUAUUCACUUCAAUGCACAGCUCGGACAGGUCAUUCUCCCAGACAACAGAUUUAUCAUCAAGAUCAUACCUGCCGUUGUGGGAAUAGCUAAAAUGGUUCCUCUGGAAGUUGAAGAUGGGCAGCAAAAGGUCAUUAAGCCUGAGCAAUUACAAGCUUUUGUGGGGACAGGCCAAACUGAUUCAAGAACUGUCCAGUACGUGAUUCUGAAAUGCCCAGCCCAGGGAGUCUUGAUGAUGCUUGAUAAAGACUUGUCUGAGGGUGAUACCUUUACCCAACAAGACAUUUUGGAUGGUUUCAUCAGUUACAGCCCUCGUGUCCGCAGAGAAUUUGACUCUGAGGAUCAGUUCCAGUUCAAAGUAUUCGCAAAGGACCAGUACUCCAGAGAAUACACCUUUCCGAUCAAAAUCAAGGCUGAUUCUGACGCUCCUUUCCUAACCAACGAGAGACUUGUUGUGCUGGAAGGUAAGGAAAACAUCAUAAAUAAAGAAUAUCUCUGGGUUCAAACCUCCACUUCAACAGACUUUGUGUACAGAAUAACACAAGAUCCCAAAUAUGGUCGUCUUAUCAGAGACUCUCCACCCGGUGAGCAAAGAUUUGAGGGUGCAAUUCGGGUCUUUAGCAAUGAGGAUCUUUCUUUGAACAGGCUGAUUUACAAACAUGAUGGAUCAAAAACAAGCUAUGACCAGUUUAACUUUCUGGCUUUUGAUUCAAGAGGUGGCAAUGGUGGACAAGAUGAGGGUCAUGAGGUACUGAAGGGAGUGUUUAACAUUGCAAUACAGUCCAGGAAUGAACAUGAGCCUCAAAGGAUAAUUCACAAACCUUUUAAUGUUGUCAGAAAUGGCCAGCGUUUAUUAACCACUGAUGACAUUCUGUACAAAGACGAUGACUCUGACUUUAAUGACACCCAACUAGUUUAUGCGAGAGUGGGAAUUCUUUCAGGAAACAUCGUCUCCUCAGUAGACCCAACACAGCCUCUCUACCGCUUUACCCAGGCUGACCUGAGGGACAGGAAGGUUUUGUUUGUCCACCAUGGGGCAGAUCGUGAGCGAUUCCAACUUCAAGUAUCCGAUGGUUUGCACAAGGCCACAACUGUACUUCAGGUGCAAGCAGGUGACCCUUAUCUACGUGUAGCCAACAAUACCAUGGUGGUCAUGGACCACGGUAGCACCAAGACGCUGAACACCAGUCUGUUAAGUGCAGAGACCAACAUGGACAUCAGAAGUCCAGCUGAGAUCAUUUAUGAUGUGACUUCUGCUCCCAGUGAUGGUAGGAUUAUAGUCAGUGGAAUUGAAUCUUCCACAUUUACACAAGAGGACCUGACUAAGGGUGUGGUUUCCUACGAACACAACGACCAGAGCCUUAGCUCAAAAGAUUCAUUUGCCUUCACUGUGCAAGCUAAGGGUUGGUCCACACAGGGAACUUUCAAGAUUAAGAUAUUCAAGCAAGGUUACCUGUCAGAGCCGCAGAUUGUGUCAAACAAGGUGGUCAUUGCAUAUGAAGGGGAGCACUCCUUUAUUGACCAAACCCAUCUGAAGGUGGAGCAGACAGACAUCCAGCCCAAAGAGAUGGUGUACUCCGUCAAAGACUUUCCACGGUUGGGUCAUGUGGUCAAACUCAACAAUGACUCGGACGGCACAGCAUCACCCGUGCUGGACUACAUUCAUUCCUUCACGCAGGAAGACAUAAACCGGGGUAGAAUCCUUUACGUCUCCGCCUCCCUGCAGGGCCGGGACCACUUCACAGCCGACGUCAGUAAUGGCUUCACCACUGUAGAAGAUCUGGAGGUGCAGGUGGACAUUGUUCCACGCAUCAUACCCGUCCAGGUGGUCAACCUCACCGUGAGGGAGGGUGGAUCCGUGGCGCUGACCCAAGAGGUUCUGAAUAUCACACACCCCUACUACAGGUCCAUUAACAUAGAGUUUUUUAUGGAAGAUGCACCUCAGCAUGGAGAUAUCAAGUAUCUGGAGGAGGAGGACGGACUUGUCACCUUCUCCUGGGAGGACGUACAACAGGGACAGGUGUACUACCAACACGACAGCAGUGAGACCACAGAGGACAGUUUCACUCUCACGGCGUCUGCUUUUGAAAUCACCCGCCGGAGUGCAUCUCUGAUAGUCGGCAUCACCGUCGUCCCUGUGAACGACGAACCGCCUCGCAUCCAACGCAACACUGGACUGGAGCUCCUAGUUGGCGAGGAGUCUGAAAUCACAGCCAAUAUGCUGAGCAGCGAUGAUCUGGACACCCCUCCAGAGGAGUUGGUGUAUUCAAUCGAGAUGCCCAGCAAUGGGAUUGUUGCCUUUAAAGUGUUUCCACAUGUCAGUGUGGACAGUUUCACCCAGGCUCAGAUUAAUAAUGGAGAGGUUUUAUUCAUUCUUCAGGGCUCAGAAUCGGGUGGGUUCAGCUUCACCGUGACUGAUGGAGAACACACUUCACCUCUCUACCGCUUCACUGUCAAGGCAAGACAGCUCACCAUCACCAUGGAAACGGAGGGAGAACUCAUGGUCUUCCCAGGCACCAGGCAGGUGAUCAGUGGAGAUAUUUUGCGGGCUAUAACAAGUGAAGACGGUGAUGAAAUCACAUACUCGCUGGUGAAACCUUCUCGCUUGGGACGAAUAAUCAAACCUAACCAACUUGGACAGUUUGAAGAGAUCACCAAAUUCACACAGACUGAGUUGGAUGCAGGUGCUGUGUAUUAUGAGCAUCAGAUGCCGCCUGAGCCCUUCUGGGUCCUGAAAGAUUCUGUUGAGCUGUCCCUCACAUCGCCUCCAGCAACAGAGCUGCAUCACAGCCUGCCAGUCACUGUCUCAUACUAUGCAGCCAAUCGAAACGUCUCUUCUCAACUCUGGAAGAACAAAGGUGUGUCCGUGGUGCAGGGGCAGUCUAAAGUGAUCGACAAAUCUGUUCUGGAUGCCUCUAACCUGCUUGCCAGUUUGCCUGAGCAGAAGAGGAAGGGGCAGGACAUCGUCUACGAAGUUCGUCGGUUCCCCGUUCAUGGACGACUCACUCUUGGAGGGUCUGACCUGCCCCGUGACGCUCCCCAUUUCCUGCAGGACGAUGUGGCACGUGGUGAUCUGGAGUACUAUCACGAUGACUCCGGAGCAUCUUCUGAUAGCUUCUCUUUCCGUGUCCAUCUGAACCCCAGUGGCCGAACCCCGCAAGUUCAGCCCGGUGCCGUGGUUCUGGAGGAGAUCUUCCUGAUCUCCAUCAGACGGCGAGACUCAAACCCACCAGAACUCGCAAGCUUGGACCUGCUUUUAGAAGCACUACAGGGUUCCACGACCAUCAUCUCCAAAAACUACCUCAACACGGUCGACCAGGACAGCACACCAGACGAGGUCCGAUUCACCAUCUCCAAGAGUCCAGCUAAUGGAUAUCUCAUCUACACUGACAAUGGAGACCGGAUCAACCAGUUCAGCCAGGAAGACAUCAACACUGGGCGGGUUGCUUUCGUCAGUGAUGGAAGUCUGUCUGAUGGCUUCAUGGAAUUUAUAGUAUCUGACGGGAAACACCAAACGGACCCGUACACACUGCAUAUUGGAAUCCUGGCCAGGUCUCUAAUACUGAACAAAGCUCCAGAGAUCCACGUAAAGCAGGGAGACGAUGAGACACUAAUCACCGAGGACAUGCUGAACACCUCCACUGGGGGUCCCGUUGAGGAGGAGGUACUCUAUAAGAUCACCAACGUCCCAAAGUACGCAGCUGUAAUGGUGGACAGACAGCCGACCUCGGCUUUCACGCAGAAGCAGAUUAAACAGGGAAGAGUAAGCGUCCGUUUCGUGAAGUCCACCUCACCGAGAGAUAGCGUGGCCUUUGUGGCCCGAAGCAGGGCAGCGAACGUGUCCUCAGUCCUCAACAUUACAGUGAAACCACUGGCAAAUCUGGCCCAGAAUCCCGUGCUCCCCAGAGGUGCUACUGUACUUGUAGACAGAAAGUUGUUGGAUGCAACACCUCUGGCCAACAAGACCAGAACAUCUCCAACCUUCAGCAUGAUCCAACAACCUCAAGGAGCUCGGUUCAUCAAGAGGGGUGGGCCAGAUGAUGGCCAACCAGUGAGCUCCUUCACCCAACGAGACCUGGAUGAAGGACGGGUAGCUUUGGAGAUCUUAAACACAACUGGGGGUCAAAACGUUGGAAGUCAAAGUCAAGAUGAAGCACGCUUCCUCCUAAAGGCGCACGGCGUUCCUCCUGCAGAGUGCGUCUUGCCCUUCCACGUUGUUCCUUACGACCCUUCUAGAGUUUAUGGCGCCACACUGCUCAAAGUUCCACCGGUGUCCGUUUCCGACAAGAGUGACGCAGGUCAACCCGAGCCCAGGUGGAGAGGAGAUGGCGACGUGGCUCCUGGCAGCACUGGAGCCACUCCUGUGGUGUCUAGACGGAACACGCUGUGGGCUAUCCUUAUUCCCAUCCUUGCCAUCCUCCUACUCAUGCUCGUGGCUGCACUACUGGCAUACUACUUAGUCCGACGCAACAAAACUGGGAAGCACAAUGUCCAAACAGUGGCAGCGAAGCCCAAGAAUGGAGAAGUGAAUCAGGAGACUUUUAGGAAAACCGAUCCUGCAAACAACAUCCCCAUGUCAAACGUGGACUCCAAAGGGGCAGAUCCUGAGUUAAUACAGCACUGUCGGACAACAAACCCAGCACUGAAAAAGAAUCAGUACUGGGUUUGAGAUGGGGAGGCGACCGGACACUUGUGUUUUCAAGGCCUUGAAUCAUUCCAGUCAGUGUUAUACAGUUUUCUUGCCAUUAUUGAUGCUUAAGAAUUAAAGUUCAGCACAUGUCUGAGUUUAGGGUUUCUAAGGCCCUGUUUACACCUGGUAUUAACAUGCAUUUUGGUCGAUCAGUUCACAAGUGGACGACACUAAAUACAAGUGUAAAUGGGGUGUAAAACGUUUUGAGUUUGUCUGCUUUUGACCACUUCCAGAGGUAGUCGGAAACGCAUUCUACGGAUUGCUUUUGUAGUGUAAACGCUCAUGCAUUCGAACACCCACUAAAGACUGCCUGCUCUCCGCCUACUGACUUCUUACUUAUGAAAAGUGUGCUAGCCAGACAGAUUUUAAACUUUGUCGGCUGAAGACCCAAGUUUGGUGUAAAGAUGAAAAAUGUACCAAGCACAAUGUUCUCUCACCAUUCUUGAUUUCUUAAACACACUCGUAGUGUUCGAUGUAGUCUUGCGGCUUUCAGAGCAGAAACGAAAGCUGAUGCUCUCUGUAUGUUUUUCCAUCAUCUCUGUGUGCAUUCAUGUGUAAAUUGCGCAAGCUUAUUUUGACCAUCAGGUCAAAAGAGCUGAAAAAACCCAUACAUUUAAGCACCCAUAGACCCUCCCCUCAAAGAACUCAGGACCGAAGUGGUUGACAGUGGAGAAAAGAGAUGGAUUAAAACACCAGGUGUAAACAGGUAUGUGUCUCCCUCAUCCACUUGUGAUCCGAUCGACCAAAACGCAUCUUAAUAUCAGGUGUUAAGAGGGCACAACCAGAUCUGUGUGUGUGCUGAUGGUCUAAUAGUCAUUUUUCAGCUGAGGCUGAAUUAACAAACUUUUAAGGUACUUUUGGACAAGAACAUAGCAUAUGUUUGAACAAUCCAUUGUAUGUAUGUUUAGGCAGUAAAUUGGUUAAGAUCUUAUUUUUCAGUGUUAUUUACGUUUAUGUUUUGUGUUUGUGUUGCUUUUAAACACUGAUCAAUAUAUGUGCGUUUUUCCCAGUAGCCUGUUUUCUUUUGUGACACAUUGUGCAAUUUAAAAUUGCUCUGACAAUUUGGCACCUUUGUGAUCACUUGCUUCAAGGAAUAUUCUGAGUUCAAUACAAGUUAAGCUCUGUCAACAGCAUUUGUUACAUGAUGCUGAUUACCUGAGAAAAUAACAAAAAGUCAUGCACUUAUAGUGGAAGUCUAUGGGGCACACAGAAACAAGAUUUCAGCAUUCUACAUUACAUGAGACUGCUAUGUAAAAAUUACUUACUAAUCUUGUCUGUGAAAAGUUAUCCAAAAUUUAAACCAGUUAUGACCGUGUAAAGCCUGUAAACUAGGUAAAUUCAUCUUUUAGAAACGUAGUCCCACCUCAAAAGGCAUGAUUCAGACCAGUUUUUCCCAAUCCUGUUCCUGGAUGCACAAAUGUCUACCGCCUCUACGCAUCACAUUUGAGCUUCUGGUAGAACCAAUGAGAUUAAUUCUUGUGUUACGCAGCACGUUUGAGCUUCCGCAAGAGAUUUGUUCUCAUUUUUGGGUGAAAUAACUCUAAAAAUAAGUAGCUUAACAAAAAAAUCAAGCAGCAAAUUUCAUAUUUUAAACCCUUUGGAAUACAUUUCCCUAUAGACUCCCAUUGCAAGUGCUUAUUAAGAACUUUUUUUUCUGUGGUAACUGACAGCAUAAUAAUCAUAAUAUUCUUAAUUAAGCUCAAAGUAUGCUUUGGCAUGAUGUAAAUUUCAACAUCAGCGCAAUUUUGAGGGAAAUAUUGGUGGGUGCACUAUGUUUCAACACUCAGAGAUGUGCUGUGGCUUGUUGUAAAGAACCAGCCAAAGAAGGUGUAAAAUGUAGGGAAAACUGCAGAUGAUAAAGAUGGAAACAACAACAGUCAGAAGGUAGACAUGUUUGUACAACUCAUUUGAAAGUGUUCAGCUGUCUAAGCUACUUAUUCUUUGUACUUCAGAGCAGCGAAAUCACAGAUGUCACAGCUUUGUGCUGUCCUCUACAGGUCAGGCGGAGUAUUACAGUGCAGUAAUAGUGUGGUCAAUAAAAGGCUAGUAUGGCAGGUGGACAAAUUAAAUCUUUAGUUCUGUCAGAUUAUGGUACUAGUGCCACUUUGAAAUCAUAUCAUGCCUGCUUAAAUAAGCCAUGUUAUGUUAUCUUCUCACUUUUGACAUAACCCAGUGCUGCAAAAUUUGAUGGAUCAAGAGAAUUCACAUUUACUAAUCCUCAUAUCAGUCAUGCGAAAGUAAAACAAAUGCUUUUAGUUAUUUUUCUAUAAAUCUAUCUUUUCUACUCGGUUUGUUGUAUUUGUUUUGUCCGUAAAUGCUUUCAUCCACUGCACUGAUUACAGGCACUGAAGAACUGUAAAAGUUUUCUCCUCCAGAACUGCAGCCACGGACAGGAAGCGAGUCAGCAGUGGCUGAAUUCACGCUGUGUUCUGAUUGGCUGCAGGGAAGAUAUGAGGUCAUUAUUCCUCAGGCUGCGGCGACUAUUUUCCAGAGCUGUUUCUGAGUUCAGUUCACACAGCUUUUGUUUUAGGUUUCAUUAAAGGAAAAUGUGUAAGUUGUUGCAUGCUUGGGUGAAAGUAUGUCUGCACAUACACAUUUUACAAAAUUAUGUCUAAGGUGUAGAAAUAUAUAUAUAUAUAUAUAUAUAUAUAUAUAUAUAUAUAUAUAUAUAUAUAUAUACAGUGAUUGCAUAUGAGGAAAUAAAGAAAUUGAAGUGCGGCUAAAGGAAUAAUUCACCAAAAAAUUUUAAUUUUGUCAUAAAUUUACACAACCUUACAGUUCUUCAAAACUUUGUGUCACUUAAAUUGAAUUAAUAUACUUACUUUUUGGGUGUAAAAAACACCCAUUUUGCUCAUACGUGUUUGGAUCGACCUGAAGAUGAGUAAACAGUUUUAAUUUUCUAUAAAAGACUGCCCAUUAUCACUGGUUCUCUUUGGAUUGCAGUUAAUUAUUGGGAUUUUCACUGGCUGAACUGUAUAAUUAGAUGUUUUAAUUGGUUGUUUGGCUAUUUUUUCUUAUCUGACAAUAGCGAUGUUCCUUAUAAUCAUAGACCAAUUCCUCCUCGUCAUUCCUGAGUGUAAUUAUAGAGAGAAACGAUCGUUUCCCAAGGUACUGCAUAUGGAAUUUAUAUCACUGUUGAUCUGAUUUUCCCUUUUGUUUAUUAAGCUAGUAUUAACUGCAUAUCCUGGGGUUAUGAUAUCCCAUCUGUGACCUCUCAGGACAUUUAUAUCUGUGUUUCUGCAGAGCAGAAUUGAGAUCACAUGAAAACUCAGGUCAUCAAUGGUGUUUGUUCUCUGGGUAUUUAUGGGGAUAUGUCAACCUUAAACCCAAAACCAUGUACAACCCCAAUUUAUGUGUUUUUGGAUUAUUCUGUUUGCUUGUAAAUAUAUA